UACCUGCAGACAGAUGAAGAGGACGCUGAUUUAUUAGGAGUCAGAAACAGACAGGUGUUCUUUAAUGAUUUCUCUCUUCCUCUCCCUCCUCCCCUCACAUACUCCUCCGACGGCAGUGGCCUUGGGCAACGCCUGACUUUUAUUUUUCCUCCUCCUCUUCCUCCCUCACCUUUUCUUCACCCGCUUCUCCUCCCUCUGUCUCUUUAUUCCCUCGCUCUCUUCCCUAAUUUUUUUUUUUUUUUUUUACACACACUCUCUCCGUCUCCCUCCCUUUUCCUCUCUCUUGGCCACAUUCAUCUUCUGAUUGUUAUGAUUGCUGUGCGUUCCUCUGUCAUGGCCUGCAGGAAGAGUGAGUUAGUACUUGUCAGCGAGCACAGGUAUGCACUGUGGAUACCGGCUGGCUCGUUCGCCGGCUGCUGGAGCGAGGAGGGAGAUGCUUGCAUGCACGGGCCGCGGAACGAAAGCUCCAGAUCAGCCACAAGGUAACCAUGCAGGGAAGAGCACGCCGCAACAUUGACCCUGAUGAAGUAAAAUGCACCAAAAUAUACUUAAAUAAACAUCAUCUAUUUGUUUAUGAGACAGUAAGUAUGAUGCAGAUAUACUAUAGAGCUGGGUCACUGGUGGGUUAGUAUUGUGAUAUUAGCAGGAGUAUGCUUUCUAUUACAACUAUGUAUAACAUAUACAAAGUUGUGUACAGUAAUAGUCAAACUGAUGUUUAACUCAAGUGAUUGUUAGAUUUUAUGCGUUUAGAAAAAUUAUUUAAACAUCACUAACCCUGUUCUUCAGUCAUCACAAACUCAUUUUGCGCAGCGAAACACUGUCCAAGCCCCCGGGACUUUAUUUAAAGGUUUAGGGGAGAUUUUCAGAGUUUACAAAGAGACCUAAUAUGUCUGGUUGAAUUUGGGGGAAAGGUGUAUAAACUGCUAUUAAAGACAUCUAGAAUAUUAUUAAGUAAUAUAUGAUAUAUGUGAUACUGUCAGAGGGUUUGAAUCAAGAAAGAACUUUCUGACAUUAAAUUUGCAUUAACGCAUAUAUUUUGUGUUAAACAAAGCAGGACAUUAAAAUAAACAAUACUGACAUAUUAUCACAGUACACAGUUGACAAAGGUCAAAUUAAACAUUCACCUUGAGCUUGAGCUGCAGGUUGAAAUGAAGCAUACAAGCAACUGAGUUUACUGAGUUUACAGGCCAGGAAACCAAAUAUGGUGCGCCGAAUGGUGUGUUUCACAAAAUGGUUCGUUCUACAGAACUAUUUGAAAAAUGGCAGCCGCGUUCCAACAAACACAUUUCAAGUGAUAGGACGAUCCAUCUGUCCAUCAGCGUCUGCCGUGGGCUUCCUUCAACCAAUCAGAUCAACAGAAGUAGAGCGCCUGGUGGUGAUUGAGCCAGUUGGUGAAUCAGAAACAACCCGUCAGUGCUGUUCUUUGCUCUUCUUCUAACGAAAUAUACUUUCCAGCUGGUAUAACUGAUGCUAUGGCAGCAUUCAUCCUAGCAUCUUGAGAAGCCGCCAUUACUGUUUCACUUCUCUCGCUGAUACAAACAACCUAAAUAAACAAACUCUUUGUCUUCAUGACUGGUUAAACUGAAUAAACAAAUAGACUUUGAAGGACAGCACGAUUUCAUACUGUUUUUCUUUGUUUAUAUGUGGCAGACCCUGCCACAUUUCUAGCCUCAAACAGUCUAGCUUUAUUUCCACUGAGAGCAGAUUGUUUAUUCAGUUAUGGAAAAGCUAUGACAUGAUGUUGUACAUAUUAAAAGCCUGAGUUUGACUUUUUUUGAGAUUCCAAAACUACACAGUGCCCCUUUAAAAUGUUUAUUUUUCUCUGAUACAAAAAGUGAAAUCACAAACAGCUCUCAGCCCUUCAGUGACCUGUUUUUCCCCCGAACAAAAAUGGGGACAAUUAGACGUCCACCACUGCUGAGUAAACUAGUGUCCCGAGGUAACCUGCCCCCCACCACCCCGCCACCACCACCCACCGCCAUUCUUUUCAUGUUUGAUUAGAGAACAUAGUUGAUACAGCAGCAAGCGGGGAGCACUGAAAGAGAAGAGAGAGUUCAAGCAUGCCGCAGCAGCUUCUCUCUGUCACCAACUCCACAGUUUGACGUUCAGUGAAAGCUGCGUGCGGGUGCACGCGGGCGCACACACACGCACACACACACACAGUCACUUCUAGAGUUAGAUCUGCACACACACAUGCACAAACGUAAAUGUGCACUUUUGCAUGUGAGGAAUUGUGCUUUUUUGCAGAUUUGACUGUGGAGAUGCACACCUCUCACUGUACACAAACACACACAAGCAUGUAUUGUGUGUAUGUGGGGUUUUUUGCUGAUAAAGAAGAGCCCACCACCAUCACAGUGACACACGUGCACAUUUUUACACAUUCCCACCGAGAGGCAACAUACUUCUCUCCAAGUCUGUCUGCUCCCUCUUCUUUCUGUCUCAAAGCAGGUGCUGAAAUGAGACACUAAAUAACUAUUAGAGUUAGAGGAAGGGCAUGAAAGGGGGAGGAGAAAAAGGGAAAAAUGAGAGAGCUCUUCCCCAACAGUAGCAGAGAGAGAGAGGGAGAGGGAGGGAGGGGAAAGGAGAGAGAGGGAAGGGAGAGCAGAGGAGCUUAGAGAGGGGAUCUGCAUUGUAAGUAGCUCUGAGAGCAGCAAGUGGUGGCUGUUUUUCCAACCUGUUUUUGUUUUCCUGAGGGGGCUGCGAACAAGAGGAAGAAGAGGAGGAAGAGGAGUCAGGCAGAAGAGCACAGCUUCGACAAAGUCUGAGCCGCGUUCAAAGAAAACAGAGAAGAAGAAGCCAAGGGAGGAGAAGGGAGGAAAGAAGCCGGGAGGAACACAAGGCAGCAAUGGAUAGCAGAGUGGCUCAGCCUGACCCUGGGAUGGCCUGGAUUCACACACUGCCGCUGGCCACCGUCCAGCACACACACUAGGCUGCUAACACCAAUGAGCUCCCAUGUGUUCGUUCAGCCAUGCUCCCUGGGUAUGGAUUCUCACCUUUUCCUGAUUUCCAACCGCACCUUCACGCCUUUCGCUGCCGAGGAGAGAGUCCCAGCAUGUGGAUCCCUGGCUCCGGAGAGUCCCAGGCUCUGAGCGAGGCCCAGGAGGACAGGCCUCUCCUCCACCCGUGCCACCACAAGCACAUCGCCGUGUGCCAGCAGGAAACGUUGGCUUUCAUUGAGCUGCAACCACCAGUGACUCCUAAAAUAAAUGGUCUCGGCUCUCCGAGGCCGGACGCACAAUGCACGACACACUCCGUGACCCUGAACGGUUUCAGACACGCGCUCAGUGAGCUGGACGGCGUGCAGAACGGCUGCCACAGGACGGAUAGUGAGCGUGACUCUACGUUUAAUUUGAAUUCACACACGUCUGCCGGCGACGGCGAGCUCGAAUCCCAUAAUGGCAUCAGGACUUCUUUGCAGGAGCAGACUGAAAAGCCUCGCGCUGUCACAACAGUGUGUCGACCCCUCCACGCAGCUCUUAGCCUCCCUCUGUCGCUCCCUCUGUCCUCCCUGUACACAAACAGAGACUCCUGGGAAUCACAGUUACCUUGCUCCCCAUCCUCACCUGAAGGUCCUGGGUUUCAGAGCCCGGACUCGUGCCAGCCUCAGAGGAGGACGUCACAGGGUUCAGUGAAAGAGAAGUCCAUACGGCGAAAGAUGCAGGUUUACUCCCCUGAAAGCCUGAGCGACGACUCUCUCAAUAGCCCCAUCCUGGACGCAGACUACAUCUUCCCAGGACCUUUCGCAUCUUUCCUGGAAGAGGACCUGAGUGGAUUAUCUUCCCUGGAGGCCGUUUCAACUUCUUCAUCCACAGACGGUGUUACAGACCUCCCGAACCUCAGUCAUGACGAUCUAUUUGAUCUACCCGGAGAGCCUCUGCACAUUAUAGAGGACUCGGUACCAGGGCUGGGGGAGGACGGCGGGAGUGUGGAGACGUCAAGUGCCACAGGGGGGAGCUUUUUGUCGCGCAGCCGCCAAGGGGACCAAGAGCGGCGGCGCUUCUCAGCCUCGGAACUCAUAUCCAGACUGCAGCUGUCGCAGAGGAAGAACUCCUUCACCUUGAAGCUGGGGAAGUCGCUGUCUGCACGGGUGGCCUCCCGGGACAGACAGAGCUCCUACAGCCUCAGCCCCAACUCAGACUAUAAGGCCAACUCUAAGCACCGCAGCUCAGGAGGGUCAAGUGAUAGCGCUCCCCACAGCCCUGUAGGACCUGCACCUGCUCUGCCCAGCAGUGACAACGGCAUGCCGUUGCACCGGUGGGGCACAAAACUCGGAAUGCGAAAGAAGUCCAUAGAGGAGGACAUUCUUCCAUCUGUCGCCAGCUCAAAUCGCUUGUCACGGUUUUUGCCAAGCUCAAUUCUCUACCAGGAAUACAGUGAUGUCGCCAUCAACAGAGAGAUCCAGAGGCAGCAGGGGAAGGAGCCGGGCACAGAGGAGGACGGGCUCAGGGACGAGGGCUCAGACGGGACCCCGUCGCCCUCUAAUCUCUCUCCAUCCAGCUCCUUUCGCUCAUCGCGAGGCUCUGCCUUCGCACUGUGGCAGGACAUCCCUGAUGUUCGAACCAGUGGCCAGCUCGACAACUUCAGCAACGAGGAACGAAAAUUACAGGAGGCAAAGUUUGAGCUGGUGACAUCAGAGGCGUCGUACAUCCGUAGCCUGACCAUCGCAGUGGACCACUUCAUGCUGUCUCAGGAGCUCGCAGAGUGUCUCGGAGCUCAGGACAAGCAGUGGCUCUUCUCCAAGCUGCCUGAAGUCAAAGAUGUCAGUGAGAGGUUUCUUCAGGACCUGGAGCACCGGCUGGAGGAGGACAUUCUGCGCUUUGAUGUGUGCGACAUCGUCCUGGACCACUGCCCGGCUCUCAGACGGGUUUAUUUACCUUAUGUGACAAACCAGGCUUACCAGGAGCAGACGUACCAGCGUUUGCUGCACGAGAACCCUCGUUUCCCCGGCAUCCUGGCUCGUCUGGAGGAGGAUCCCGUCUGCCAAAGACUUCCUCUGACCUCUUUUCUAAUCCUCCCGUUUCAGAGGAUCACGCGGCUUAAGAUGCUCGUGGAGAAUAUCUUAAAGAGGACGACUCCAGGCUCCCGAGAUGAGGACACCGCCACGAAAGCUUUCAAUGAGCUAAAAAAGAUCAUCAAAGAAUGUAACUCCAGCGUGCAGUCCAUGAAGAGGAUGGAGGAACUUAUUCACCUCAACAAGAAGAUCCAUUUCGAGGGAAAGAUCUUCCCUCUGAUCUCUCAGUCGCGCUGGCUGGUGAAGCACGGCGAGCUCCUGGAGGUGGACACUCUGACGAUGAGUAUUUCCGGGUCGAAGCUGAAGUUACCCACCAAGCCUGUGUACCUCCACCUGUUCAACGACUGUCUGCUGCUGUCCAGGAGGAAGGAUACGUGGAAGUUCAUGGUGUUCGUACACGCCAAGAUAGGAGAGCUGAAAGUGAAGGAUCUCAGUCAGAAGCUGCAGGGCAUCUCAGGCUUCAUCUUCCACCUGCAGCUGUGUGAAGGCCAGCAGCUCAAACACCAGAUCCUGCUCAAAUCACACACCGAGAGCGGGAAGCAGAGAUGGAUCACAGCGAUGUUUCCGUCUGAUCCACUCGAAGACAUCGAGCAAGCCAGCGAGAACAUUGAUAUUUCCCAGGUUCAGUGCAUCAAAAGCUAUCAGGCCCAAGAGCACGACGAGUUAACGCUGGAAAAGGCCGACAUUCUUCAUGCUAAGACCAUCACAAGUGAUGGCUGGGUGGAGGGCAUCAGGCUGUCUGACGGGGAACGGGGCUGGUUCCCCAAAACCUACGUGGAGGAAAUCACGAGUCGCAGCGCGCGCCUCCGCAACCUCAGAGAAAACAUCCGCAUCAAAUGUGUCACGCAGAAACUGGAGGGGGAAGACUGACCAUCUCUACCGCAGCUUGUCGUGUGUCGAAGGUUCAUCACGCUUGUUAAUUUUUUAAGCUUCUGGAUAAAUGUUUUAAUUUUGGAACGGAUGUGGGGCCUACAUUUUUGUAUGCAGGGGCCAAAACGAGUCACGCUGGACUGCUCUUCACGUGGAGGCUAAAAGUGCGCGCCGGUCAUUUCCAUUAAUAUGCGAGCUGAAAGUGCAAAGCUUUAAUUGCUCCUUUAUUUUUUUGUAGUUUCAAAGGCUUUUAUACAAUAACAGCCACGAAUUCACAUCAGGACAUUUUGAGCAGUUUUCGUAGGAAGAACCACUUCAUGCAUGCUUUCUGUGAGCGCAUUUAAAGCGUCUCUGUGGUACAUGCACUGUACAAGGGAUGCACAUUUACCAGCACAGGUGGUACAUUGUAAACGUGCUCAAAGGUGUAUGUGCACAAUUCUCAGUUCAGAGUCGGUGGAGAAAAGUAGAACGAGGUUAACUCAAAUAGUGUUACUGCAUUUUUUUUCUUCCGUCAUGUUUGGCCAGAUUCCCGCUCUUGUGCGUUCAGCUGAGCUCUGUGUCGCUACAGCAGAAAAACAGCUGGAGGCAGAUCCUGCUGCUGCUGAGCUGCACCCGGACGCACCAGGCCGUUUAUUUUUUCCUCUGUUCACACUGAGACCUGUUUUAACACAAAUUCACAUUAGCUGUGUGAGGAUAUUAUAGCCUGAUGUGUAUUUCUCUGCGUUAAAGUCCAUACGAUACCUGACACACUGCGGCUCGUCAGUGUGCAGCAGUUCAGAUCUCCAUUCUCGUUUCAAAAGAUGUGGAUUGCUCAAACGUCACUUUAUUUUAGAACGCCCCCUCCUGUAUAAUCUAUAAAUACUCAUUAACAGUUUUGACUGCGUGAACUCUGAUGGUUGGCCGGACGAGACAACCACAGAAUGAUGGUUUCAUUUCCUUUUUUCUUCAGACGAUUUUCACAAUUCUGCUGCAGCUGUAAUAAAUGAAGGACAGACUAUCCCCUUAACAAAGCUAGAUUACACACACAUACCCUUUUCUCUGACUAUCUUCUAUAUUUUUAUUUCUUUCAACAACGUUUAUGAACAGACCAAAACAUACCAUAAAUUGAUCCUGCUGACAAGUAAUCCAAAGUCACAUAUAGCUCAUAGAUACCACAUGAUAUAGCUUCCAUAAAGUUCCAUUAGCAGUUUUUUGUAUGCGUUUUUUAAUACACAUGUGGAAGUAAAGCAUUAAUGGUUCAUGGUAAUGCCGGGAUUUUGAAAAAACGUCCUCACUUUUGCAGAAAAAAAAGUUAAUCUGCAUGCUUAAGAAAAAAAAAUGGUUCAUGAUCUUAAUGGUAGAUGGAAACACCACCUUUAACUCAGGACAGAUCAGCUGUUUCUGGAGAAGAAGAAGAAGCAGCUGUGUCUGCUGUUGCCAUCCUCCUGGAUGUAAAGAUUCCCAUUCUUCUUCUUCUUCUUCUUCCUCUUCUUUGAGGUUUAUUGGUGGUUCUUCUUCUGUGUUCCAGCAAUGCGUAACGUAGACUCUACCACUAUUUGCUUAGCCUAAUUUAGUGAAGCCAAACCAGCAGAUAGGAACCUGACUCAGUUGCAACUUCUUCUGUCUCUUUGGCAUUUCAGUUAAAUGAAAAUGUUUUCCAAAAGCUUUUAGAAAACACAUCAUUCAGCCCCACUGACUGGUGACAUGUUGCUAUUCACAGACACACUGCAGUAUUUUAAGUCAAUCACAUAAAAAUCGUUUUGCUAUUGUAAAUACUGACUACAGCAACAGAUGUGUAUUAAUCCGCAUCUGAAAAUAGUCCCCAACAAAUGCACUAUUUAUUCCUGUUAAGUAGCGUUUGCUAGAAAACUACAGUGCCCGGCUUUUUAAAGGAACCAUUUAGCCUUAUUCAAAAAGAUUUGAAUAAAUCAGAUUGGAACGCUAACGCUAAAAAAUUUACAUUUUCAAUAAGAACAGGUUGGGCUUGGGAUUGAGUACUACAAGAAAGAGUGGGAAGGUUGGACAUGUUAGUUUUGGUCUUUUUAUUACUUUUGUUGAUAGUCAGAAUAAAUAUUUGCUAAACACCGGCCCUGUCCUUUAAAACAAGUGGGGAAAUGAACAUAUACCAAGUUCACCUUGAUGCAUUUACAUGGUAAAUGCAGGUUUAUCUUCACAUGUGCUCAUAAGAAAAAAAAAAUCUUUAGCUAGCCCUAGUGGAAUAAAAGCUAGUUAUUACUGUAUUACACUAAUCAUAUAAGAUGAAUUAAAACUGUCACACAGGAAGCACUGAAUGACACUCAGGCCUUAAUCAUCCACAUCGUUCCCCUGAUUAAGUGUAAACAUCCCCAAAUGACCGACGGCGCAGUGUGACUGAGCUGAGGCCUUUUGUUAAUGAACCACUAUAAUCAACAUUCAAAUGUAAACUCUUCUGGUGGCACAUGACAUGUUUAUAACCCUCUUUCCCCCCUAUAUCUGCGUUAUUAGUUGUAAUUUAAGUGGUUGCUGUUGCAGCGUGUGUAUUUAUACUCCUCUAGCUGGUCGUUCUCUAAGGAGAUUCUGAUGUAAAUGGACUUUACUGUAGAUGGCUUCAUGUAUAAAGAGUAGAAAAUGGUUCAUUUACUUUUAUUGAGUGUAAUUUAUAUGAACAAAUAUUAUACCACAUUCCGUGACUCAGAGCUUUCCAGUUUGAUUCAUUUCUAAUACCACGUUAAAUUGAAAUACUGUAACACACUGGAUGUUUACUGGAUCUGUGCUCACUACUGUAAAUGUUUAACCAUUGAAAUAAAUACAGAUACUUCCAGUUUA